AUGGCUGCGAUCACGGUCCUCUUUCAUGUUCAGAUGUCUGUGCCUGACAUUCGUCUUCCGUGUGCCUUACCUGAUGGCUGCCGCAUGGGCGUGGUUGCGCGCAACAUGGAAGAUGGCACAUUGCAAGUCAUCAAAAUCAAAGUUCUUUACUUCUCGGACAAGAUCCACCCAAAGGAUGCAUUGCAGUACUGCGCUGGCACUCCCUAUGGCCUCGUCUCUCGUCCUGGUCCAUGGGCAGUGAAGAAAGCUUUGGUGUCCUUGCUUGACAGGUUGCCUGGCUUCCACGUGUCUUGGUUUGCCCUUGGCAGUGGCAACGAAAAGUCCCGAAAGCUUAUGCGGAGAUCUCAAUCUUCCCAGUGGCCUCCUGCUGAUGAAGAACUGUGGGCUGGAAUUCAGUACAUCAAUGAGAAUGCACCUGAGUGUGACUCAGGGAACCAGCAAUACUAUUGGAUCCUUUGCAACCUCAAAGAAGAUGCUGGGACGCCAACGUCCGGAUGGCCAGAAGCUAAGGUUCAUAUUAUGGCCCAGAACAAGGCCAAAGGAAUGGCUGGCGCACAAUUGGAGACAGACUUCCCUUUGCACACCUACUCCUUGAAACCCUUCCUGGCGGAGAAGUGGCUGCCUCUUCUCUACCCGCUUCCUGAACUUCCAUCAUGUUCUUUGGGUGGCCCAGAGUUGAAAGGUAAUCAUCAUGAUGCUGGCCCUGGCUGGAUGGAGCCGAGCAAAGUCGUUAGACAAUUUUCGCCACAUCGAGUGGGGCUGAUUCAUGAGGGUGUGUUCUUGGAUGAUCCCAGCCAGCAGAAGACACUCAAACCUGCCGCGGUCGUUGCAAUGAUGUCAAGCUUGCCAAAAAACUGUUGUAGAGCCUAUGCUACCAAUGACGUUCAAGAAGAAGAUGAGCCCGAGGAGGACCAACGCCGCUGUAUCACCAUGGAAGAGUUCCUCACCCUACUACGUCGCACCUUUCCUGCUGACAAACCAGCUGACAUACGCGCAAACUUGAAGAGAAGUGUUGCGUUCGUCUUCGGAAAGUUUGCCCUCUACAUUCGCCUCCCAAGUCAACAAGAGAAUGCUCCGAUCCAUCGCAUCCAAAUCCAAGACUUACACAGGGACCUCUUGGCCGAUGGUGACACAUGCUUCUAUGGCAAGUUCAAAAGCGGCACCGUGGAAAAACCGCCUGACGUUUUUGCAGAAGCUGUGGAGAAGGAGCAGAGUAUGAUUCAGCAAAGCAUGCAGGCGUACAGUGGCUUUGGCAAAGUACAGGAGUACGUGUCCCAAGUGAACGGCGAGAUUGAAGAUCUACUGCUUCAUGAGACUCCUAUUCCUGAGAAAGCUUGGUUGCCUUCAUCUCCCGAAGCGCUCCCCUCCUCCACGCAAGAGAGCCAGAGGAAAGACAUUUGCAUCGGUUGCAUCUACACCUCCACAGAGCAAGCUGCAGUUGCUGACGAUUUGGCGGCCGAUGAAGAAGCUGCGGCGCAUUUGCAUGAGUGGGCCUGGCUGCCUUGCCUUUGCGGCGAAGAAGGGGAAUUACGCAGGGUACAGAAGAGGAUGGAACGCAGUGCGUGGAAACGUUCUGUGCCUGAGCUUUUGUCUGCUUCCAAUAUUCAGAUCGUGCAAAUGCUGCAAGAAGAUGGGCUUCUACCAGAUUGGCACGGCAAGGUGUGCCCCCACUGUUGGAAAGGCAAACUUUCAAGCAAAACCAGACAUGAUAUGCUGCAGUACCGAUGCACAGCCAACAAAUGUGGAAAGUUCGUGGUGCCUCACUACUUGCACCCGUUGUUCCAGGUCUCCUCCGGCUGCACUCACAAGCCCCUGCAGCUGCAAGCUGCUCUGCUCCUUCUUCGUCUCACUGGCGUCAAGACUGCAGCUGCCCGCCUUCUCUUUCACGUCGACCACAAGAUGUAUGAAUCCUUGGGCAAAUGCUUGGACGUGCCGCCAAAAACGUACGUGGAGCGAAAGAAGAAGAUCGUCUUCGGCAACCGCCGCUCUUGGACUGAUGCUGAAGCAGACGAAUCAACCUUUGGUCGCAACAUUCAGCCAAAGAAGGGCAAGAAAUGUGUGCAGUGGGAACAAUGGUCUGGCCUUGUGCAGAGAGGGAAGCCCAAGACAUUGGUAUUGAGCAGUGUGAGCCCACCGCUGACUGUGAAAAGAGCUCCUGGGCCAGGUGCGAUCCGCAAAGUCGACCGGAAACCUUUGGCAGUCAAACACCUGCAGGAUCGCAAGAUUGUCUUGCACAGCGACUCCGCCAAAAGCUACAAGCUCAAGCUCUCCGGUAUGGUUCAUGAUGCCGUCGUCCAUUGCAAAAAGCGUGUCAAGGUCAAGGGGAAGUACCAGUGGCUGAAGCCCAAGUACACGCAUGUCGUCAAGCACAAACUUCCUGAUGGCAGACAGCUUUCUGUAAAUGCUGGCACUCAGCACAUCGACUGUGCAUGGCGGUCUUGGCCACGGCACCGCAGCGUCGCAGGUGGCGGUUUCCGCUGGUCGUCUCCGGAGACCCUGCGAUCCAUUUUGGGGACCUUCGCCCACAAGACGCCCAAGCAGGGUGGACGACCCAUUUUGGCCUUUGCGAAUCGAUUCGUGCGGAAGCAUGACUGGAUUUGUGGCUUUCUUGGCUUCACCACUUUGCUCUUUGAAUGUCUUCUGGCCCCCUUGAUGGCCUUCUUUCUGCCACCACAAUGGCGUCUGAUCACUGUGGGACUUGGCAUGGUGCUGUUGCACCUGGGAAUUGGUGCGUUGCAAAGUGGUGCCAUUGGUGCCUUCUUUCUUCCCAAUCUGGCGGCCUAUGUCGUUGGUUUUGGUGACUUCAGAGAUGGAAACGAUCUGCGAUGCUUCUCUCUCAGUUGGUGCCUAGCCUUCGGUAUUUGUUUCUUGCCUUUGUCUCUAGCUGCUAUGAGAAAGUCCUCUCUGAUUAAAGAAGACUGGCCCUGGACUCCCUUUGCCCUUUUUCCUUGGAGUGGCUCGCAAUGGAACUUCUUGCAUGCGGCUUUCGUGGUGGGAGAUACCCGGCUUGUGACCUGUCGGAAAAAUGUACACAUCAUGAAGAGCUCACUGGCCGGAGUAACUACAUCUGCCAACGCGCCGCGCGUGCCAUCCUUGGUGGGUGCCCGGGUGAUUCCCAUAGAGCACCGAUCUGAUUUGCCGCUGAUGCAGCGGUGUGUUGGCCCUCAAGAAGGAGAAACGCUGGUGCUGUAUGAUUUGUGGAGCCGUACCUUGGGAAUCACCACCUACCAGGAUGAAGUGAUGUUGUACCUGAAGUCUGCAUUGAACGAGCACAAUGAGUCGGAGGAAUUGGCCAGUCCUUUGCUUGGAACCGGCACUGGAAGAUCUGAGAGCAUUUCCAACUUGCCAUGUGAAAAGCGCAUGAAAGAGAUUCAGCAGUCGAUCUGCCAUCUCACGACCCAAUUCUUGGUGGAUACCCAUCGCGUCCUCGAAGUUUCCAGCGGUUUGCCCUUGGAGCGCUGCUUCCUGGUGCGGGUGAACCAGACCAGUCAUGUGGAAGAGGUCGUGAUGGAGGGCCACUACGUCAUGGGCUGGCGCAAGUGGUCGGAGCAACGCUCGAGCUGGGUGGCCAUCUACGAAUUUCGGGGCGCGACUUGGAGGAAAACGGUGACUGAGUCGGAAGCUCCUCGCACUGACAAGCACGUGGAUCCCCUGGUCAUUGAAUAUCAGGUGGGCUGUUGCCAGCGACCACAUCCAGGCUUCAGUGAUUCAGAAAGCGAGGCGGAUGCAAAUGCAGGCUUCUUGGGCGAGGAGGAAGAGGAUCACAUGUUCUUCAUGGCUCGAGAUCUGAAAUACCAUCUACAGCUGACAUCGGCGAUUGUUGGUAUGGCCAGGCAGACAGAUCUUUGUCGUUGCGUUGACGUCAUCGGCAGGUGGGAUCAUGGUGAGUCCUCGGUGGAUUCCAUGGGUCGACUAUGCACAGAGAUUAGUUGGUGGCUCACUGAUGAAGCAGCCAAUGACCGAUACGAUGGUUCGUAUGAGAACUGGGAGAUGCUGCUGGCAGUGUGGGAUCAUCUACUUUGUUUCCACCUGGAUGAUCUCACGGAUUGCGGUUUCGACCACGACGUGGCGCGGCGCUUUCUUGAAAGGUGUUUGCAGUUCCGUGUGGGUGAUGUGGCUCGGGUGAAGGAAUUGCUAGACCCCUUGAUCAAUACAGUGGCACUGUGA